AUGGCAACCCAGAAUGUAAAAUUCCCAGAGCACCUUUCCAAACUGAUGGACAUACUGGUCAAGUAUGGCCACACGCUGGGCUACGGCGUGUUGACAGCGCUGACAGCAGGCGGGGAGCUCAUCUUCUCUAACACAGUGUUCAAGUGCCCCUGCCACCCCACCUGGAACCUGCCCUAUGGCCUGGUCUUCCUGCUGGUGCCCGCGCUGGCGCUUUUCCUCUUGGGCUACUGGAUGAGCACACGAGCCAGGCUCCUGAUGACCGGUUGCUGCCAGCGGGCCAACAGCCAAGGUUGCUGCCUGUGGGUCAACAACCAAGGUUGUUGCACCCUUUGUUGUCAGUGCUGUGAUAACUUCCUGAAGAUGAGCACUGUCUCCAUUGUCGCGCCCCUCACCUGGGUGGCUGUGGCGCUGCUAGGGGGCAACUACUAUGAGUGCUUUGCCAGCGGAAUUCCCUACUUAGCGCGGCGCAUAUGCGUCAGGCACACAAAAAACUGCUCCAUGAUCUUGCCCGAGUUGCCCUGUCUGCGGGACAAAGAGCCGGACCUGCGGGGUCUCCUGAGCAAGCUCCAGGCCCAAUCCCAGGUUUGGAGGUAUGAGACACCUGUGGACAAACUCGGUAGCUACCGCUUAAAUCCCUUUAUUCUCAACCUGAACUGCACGGUGGCUGGCGGCUCAGAAAGCCAAAGCCUGAACCACUCCGUAUUUUUGCAAAAAGAGUUUUAUUCUGGGCAUCCGAGAGCAGGGCAGAGCAAGGCGUUUUUAAAAGCCUUCUCCACUGCUGCCAUUUGA